AUGGAAAUGGUUGAAAUGAACAAUAAUAGUAUACCUAAUAGUUCAUCAUUGUGUGGAGGGACAAUACUGCAAGCGAUCGUUGAGAAGACACCAAUCAGACGGAGAAAUAUCGAAAAUGAACCGCAUUCAAGAAGAAAAACAAGUGGUAGCAGUGGUGAAUCGUUUGAUAAUAAUCGUGCAUUUUCGACAUAUUCAUGGUCCGAGGACUCACUUGAAAUGUCAAAUGCCAACUCUCAAAUUCUCGAUUUUUCACCAACCGAUUCUACCGUACCGAUGAAACUCAAUGAAGUAUAUGAUAUAAAUGUGCCUUAUAAGAUUACGUCGACGCAUGAUAACGACAUAGAUUCAACACAAUUUUCUCAAAAAACUGCUGAGAGUAAUGCUACAAUGGUUCCUGGAACAAAUCCAGGAUACGAUUUAAUAAAUAGUCCCGGAAGUUAUACAUCAAUCGAUUGUCCAAUGCCUAGUACAUCACAUUCGGUGAAUUCUUUCUUUCGUUUUUCACCGACUUCGUCGACUAAUAAAGAAUUAAUUCGCGAGUCGAUUGAUAGAGAACUCGAUGGCUUAGAUACAUGCCUACCAAAUUUGGAUUUUAAUAAGCUUGAAGAGAAAUUGGUUAUUGCUGCUAAAGAACGACAAAUUAUGGAACGAAAACUACUUGGUGAACAGGUGCGAAGAAGAUUGGCCUUACAAGUGGAUCAAUAUAUGGCUGGGCCUUCACCACGAAUUUUAACUCGACCUUCAAGGUCAAAUUUAGGUUUUCGCCUUCAAACAGCUAUGAAUCUUCAGGUUUGUUAUAUGAAUGAUCUAACAGAUGAUGAGAAUGAGGAUGAUGAUGAUGAGGUUGGUUUGGAUUCAUCCGAUGAUGAAUUACCUAAAUCGAAAUCGGCUCCAAAUCUAUGCUAUACUACUACCAUUCAAGAUGGCUCAAAUAUGAAUGCUACACAACUUCGGCAGAAAUCCGCUAUGGAAGGUAAUCCAAGAUUAUUACUCGAAGAAGAGACAAAAUUAAUGUUAUUGAAAGCAAAACAAGCAGCGAAAAUGCAAAUGGAAUUAGAGCGAUUGAAUACGCAUCGAGCAAUCUAUUGUGGGAAUCAUCGAAAAUUUUUCAGGAUACAACUUACGAAAAUGUCUUGCAAGCAACUGAGAGAAAUAUCAUCGCAAUUAAAUGCUAGAAUCGAAGAGGAGAACGCUGAAUUAGUGCGAUUAUUAGUGGAAAAAGAUUCGUUACAUAUGCAACAAGAUUCAAUGUUGGUCGAUAUUGAAGAUAUGAUUCAGCACGAGAAUCAUUCUGAGAUUCUUAAUCUUCCUGAAUUUUUAAUGGUUCAACCUGGUGGUGAAGAUGCGAAAUUUCGGGUUUACAAGCGAUAA